GCAAGCAUCAUAGAGCAGGCGAAGAAAGAGACGCUCGGCCCGCGGAGAAGACGAGCCUUAUGCCUGAGGCACCGACAGAACCUCCAAUUCUUGACUCACAUGCCUUAUGAAGAACAUACAUAGCCUCGAAUAGACGAACACAUAUGAGACCGCUUAAUUGAGCCAACCAUCACACUGACAGAUCCAAGAAUACAAGCUGAACCACCAAUCUCUCAUUAGAAAGCCAAUUGUCACCAUUACCAUAGCCGAAAAGAACAGCAACAGACCCGCGCUCAAUGACGACCGCCCAACCACCCCAGUCCUAUCGCAUCAUUCCCGCACAAACCCCCGACCACCUCUCCGCCGUGCACACCCUCUUCCGCGCCUACGUCCAAUGGCUCAAUAUCGACCUCACCUUCCAAGACUUCGAGACCGAGCUCAACUCCCUCCCGGGCAAAUACGGUGCGGCGUGCGGAGGGGACCUGCUUCUGGCAUACAGCGGCACCAACGAAAACAUUCCCCUGGGCUGCGUCGCGCUCCGUCCCCUCACGAUACUAAAGACAGUCCAUGCCAGCACCAGCAGCCAAGACGCCAGUCCUGAAAAUGUACAAAUAAGGUACUGUGAAAUCAAGCGGUUGUAUGUGUCGCCCGAGGCGCGGAGGAUGGGAUUGGGGAAGGCCUUGGUCGAGGCAGUGGUGCGCCGGGCGAGGGAGCUGGGGUAUCAGGCCAUCCGACUCGAUACGCUGCGGACGAUGGAGGGGCCGUUGAGGCUGUAUCGCGCGGCCGGGUUUGUCAAUGUCGAGGCGUAUUAUGAGACGCCGUUGGUGGAGGAGACGGUGUUUCUGGGGUUGGAUUUGAGGACGGAGUGA